UGUAAUACAUUUUUUGGUAUGGCUGUCCCGGAAAGGUGUCCUAGUCUGUACUUCUUGUUUGAUUACAUUUUUGUUUAUCCGUCUUUGAGUUUUUCUUUCGGUAAAAAUUUCCAGUUUGACUUAAGGUCAGCGUCGAAUUUUUAGACGCCGCUCCUCAGCCUUGUCGUCGCGCCCGCCUCCGAGCCGAGCCGCCGUUCUCUUUGUAAUAAUUUUCGUUUUGUCGAGCCUGCUCGGGCUGGUUGACGUAAGCAAGCAGAGGUGAGCGGAGGAAGAAGGCGUUGGCAUUUUUCCCAUUUUCCCACCGCUUUUCCGCGUUUUGACACGGCCCAACUCCCUUCUACGCCUUCGUUUUCCCUUUUGAGGUCUCGGAAAAGGGCCUUUUUCCAAUUUUCAUUCCGUUAACCGUCGGGACGUAACGGCGUAAAUAAUGUCACCAUCAAUUUGUCUAUUAACCUGUAUUACAUUCUGAAUUUUAUUCCCUUCGUUUAGUUUUUGAAAUUUUAAAGGAUCGUUUCCGUUUCUACAAGGUGACUCGCCAAAAUGCUUAAAUUCAUCCGAGGUAAAGGACAUCAGCCGUCUGCAGAAAGGCAGAAGCUCCAAAAAGAAUUAUUCGCAUUCAGAAAGACUGUACAGCAUGGCUUUCCAAAUAAGCCCACAUGUCUUGCGUGGGACCCAAUACUCCGGCUUAUGGCUGUUGGUACGGCCACUGGCGCAGUUAAAGUUAUUGGCCAGCCAGGUGUUGAAUUUUAUGGUCAUCAUUCAACUAACGAUCUAGCUGUGACAAAACUGAUCUUCAUUCCAAAUCAGGGUAGAGUAGUUUCUCUCUGUGAGGACAAUUCUUUGCAUUUGUGGGAAAUCAAUGGAUCAUCCUUGGAAGAAGUCAAAACACAAUCUCUUGAGGGAAAAUUAAAAAAGGUGUCAGCAUUAUGUUUAGAAGGAUCUUACGACCACCUUCUGCUUGGAACUGAAGGAGGGAAUAUUUAUUUGUUGAACCUCGCUUCUUUUCAAAUUCAGGACACAAUCAUAUAUCAAGAUGUUGUUAUGCAAAACGUUCGGGAAGAUUACAAGAUAAAUCCUGGGGCCGUGGAAUCGAUGGUUGUACAACCUGAAAACCCUGACCACCUUCUCAUCGGGUACACACGUGGUCUGAUGGUGCUGUGGAACAUGAAAACGCCCGCAGCCGUGCAGACUUACAUCAGCACACAGGGUGUUGAGAGUAGAACAACUGCCACAGUGCAAGCGCACACUAGCCCUCAAGGCGUGGAAUGCCUCUGCUGGAAGGACAGCCAGACUUUCAUUUCAUCCCAUAACGAUGGCAGUUAUGCUCAGUGGUCUGUCACUACUGGCAAGCAUAAAGGACUACACACAGUUUACGGCCCCUUUCCCUGCAAGCCAAUUACUAAAAUCAUUGCCACUGAGGAUGACAUGUUAAUAUUCAGUGGAGGUAUGCCCAGAACUGCAUACAGUGAUAGAAAUACAAUAUCUGUAGUGGCAGAGGAAAAGAAGCAGCAUGUGGUUUUUGAUUUUACUUCUAAAGUCAUCGAUUUUUUCGUUACACCAUCUGGCGACGAUACAAUUUUGGUUGUUCUUGCUGAGGAGGAAUUGGUUGCUUUGCAGUUGAAUGUGGAAAACACGCCGAUGCUGCCAUUACCAUACAUGGUAUCGCUCCAUGCUUCCGUUGUGACUUGCUCAAAUUAUAUAUCAGACAUUCCACAAACCCUUUGGGACGAUAUCAUCGCAGCUGGCAAAAAACAAAGCGUUGGACAAUUCUCAGAUGUAGCCUGGCCUGUCGAUGGAGGGAGACUUUUAGAAACAGAAUCAGAAGGCAUGGCAAAAAGGCGUGAUCUUCUUUUAACAGGUCAUGAGGACGGGUCUAUCAUGAUGUGGGAUGCCUCUUCUGUUGCAAUGGUUCCACUCUAUAAAUUCUCGUCUUCACGUCUCUUCGCUGGUGAAUAUGAUGAUGACUUACCUAGGGAAGCAGAUGUUGAUGAAUCGUGUGCAUGGACACCUUUUAAAAAAGUUGGUACUUUUGACCCAUACUCUGAUGACCCUCGCUUAGCAGUAAAGAAGGUUUACCUUUGUCCAGAAACAGGGGUUUUAGUGGUCGCAGGGACAGCAGGGCAUGUAAUAGUAGCCAAAUUGUCAACAGAUAAUGAACCGGAUGAAAUAAAGGUUACUACAAUGAACAUAGUAAGCAGCAGGGAUGAGUUUGUGUGGAAAGGCCAUGGAUCACUGAAAUUGCGCCCCACACCAAGGCCACCUCUACCCGAAGGAGGUGCUUUUGCAGUUACAUCCAUCCUGCAGUUACACCCACCUGCUGCUGUAACUGCACUGGCGGUUCACUCUGGUUGGGGGCUUGUUGCAGCUGGCACAGCCCAUGGCGUAGCCGUUUUCGACUUUGUCAAAGGUGCCCCUGUGAGUGUGAAAUGCACAUUGAACCCUCUUGAUAUGUCAGGAGCUGGUGAAGGACCGAUAUCAAGGAGGAAAUCUUUUAAAAAAUCUUUAAGAGAAUCUUUCAGACGUUUGAGAAAGGGCAGAUCUCAGAGAGGUGGUGAUAAACGGGGUGCGACAACUUCUUCAUCUGCCUCCCCGACAUCUGUCGCUUCUCCUACUAGCCCAAUGGAUGUCGAGACUAAACCUGUGGAAAGGGCUAUUGAAGCUAGGCCUGUUGAUGAUACACUUGGAUCAAUGGUGCGUUGUCUUACAUUCGCAAGGACGUACAUUAUAAGCAUGCAAAAUCAAACUCCAACUCUAUGGGUUGGUACCAACAAUGGAACUGUUUAUAUAUUCGCAAUAGCGAUACCUGGAGGGGCGAAGAGGAGUGAGGAUAACGUCAUAUGCCAGCUAGGAAAGGAGAUUCAGCUUAAGCAUCGUGCACCAGUUAUCAGUGUUGCGAUCAUCGACGGACAUUCCAAUGCUGUUGAAACUAACCGUCUUGGAGACCGACCACCACCGCAUAGGGUUGUCAUUUGCAGUGAAGAACAAGUUAAAAUAUUUUCUGUGCCACAGCUAAAGCCUGUAUGCAAACUUAAGCUCACAGCAGUUGAAGGAGCUAGACUGAGGAGGACGAUUCUAGCAUUAUUUCUUGCAGGAACUUCACACUCAGAAACUUGCCUUCUCUGCCUUACUAACCUUGGAGAUUUAAUUGUACUUAGUCUUCCUGACUUAAGACGACAAAUGAAUGCUGCUGUUAUUAAAAAAGAAGAUAUCAAUGGGAUAUCAAGCCUUUGCUUCACCGAACGUGGGGAAGCUCUGUACCUCCAUUCUAGUUCAGAACUUCAGAGAGUUUCUGUUUCGGCCUCGAGGGUGACAGUUGCCAGAUGUAAAGUGGACCUCCCACCUGGUACGAGAAAACAAGCCGAGGACACCGUAAGCAAUAAGUCAAGUGAUUCAUCGUCAUCUUCGGAGUCUUCAAGUUCCAGCUCUUCCUCUUCAUCUGCAGACUCUCAGAAGCAUCACUCUGCAGAUGACAAAGAAGAAGACAAAUCAAAUGAAAAGGUCGAGAUUAAAGAAAACGGAGUCUCUGAUACGACGAGUUCGCAUGACCUUUCCUGCGUCGGUGACAUCACUAUCGACUCGGUGAAGGAUCAUUUGGCCAAGUCAGUUCUGCAAAACAACAUGAACAACACAAGCACUGAAGAGAGUACAGAAAUAAUUAAAAAUGAAACUAUUAAAGUUGAAUCUUCACAUACAACCAAAACAUCUACUACUAUUGUCACAUCUACAACUGCAUCAGUGACUCAGCAAUUAAUGAAUUCAUCUAUAUCCGCUGAAACUAAUUCUGAUGACGAGGACAGCCAGGAGGCCACGCCAGUUCAGGUUCGUAAAGCUCCUUUAGCAAAGAUGGAAGACUUGGAUGCAGAUGCGUCUACAGUUUGAAAAUGACAUUUUAUCAGAGUUUUAUUUAAAUUUUUAACUUGAUUUCCUACUGAAAUUGUUAAAUGAAUUUAAAAGUAUAAGCUUACCCAUUUUCCACUUACUAAUAUGUACAUAAUUUAAAAAAAAAAGAAAAAAAUGAAGAAGAGGUUCAGAUGGUUAACUUUGGGAGUGACAAUAUGGCUUAUUUUUAAACGUUUUAUCUCAGUUGUCCCUCAUAAAUAAAUGAGAGGUGUUAAGAGAAAUGUGGUCCAAUUUUUCUACUUGAUUUUAGGUUAGAGAACAAAUCAUAUUUAUAAAAUGUUGACUUUUUUAUAUUUAUAUAAAACUACCCUUACUAAAUUAAAUUGCAAUUAAUUUAUUUUUCUUUUUAUAAAAAUAAAUUCAAAACUGCAAAAGGUGGAGGAAACUAAUUUUUAAGGAACAUAAUAUGUACUUAGUUAUAUACACUUUUAUUUAAAAAAAUAAAAUAAAAGAGUGCCUGAUAAAUAUAUAACAAAAAUAUAUAAAUUUGUAUUUUC